AAGGCAGCAUCACCUUGUCCAGCCUUUCCAAUGACGUCAUCCCCCUGCUACUCUGUAGGAGACUGUCCGGUCAGUGGUGGUACUGUUUGUUGACACUCCACACAGUUUAUCAUUUUGAUUCUCUUGCAGCAUGAACGUCACACAGCAAGUGCUAAAAUCCAUCAAAUCUGCACGUCGUUCAGUUUACAUAAACUGCACUAGAAGGUUUUGUGCGUCACAGUGUACGAUGACUUCACGACACACCCACUCCAAAAGAAUUGAAGGCCUGGACAAAAAUGUCUGGGUGGCGUUUACUUCAGUGGCAGCAGACCCGUCCAUAGUGAACCUUGGUCAAGGGUACCCAGACAUCCCCCCGCCUUCUUAUGUCAAAGAGGCUCUGGCAAAAGCCGCAUCCGUGGACAAGAUAAACCAGUACACCAGAGGCUUUGGUCAUCCCUCACUGGUGAAAGCCCUCGCUCAGGUUUAUGGAAAAGUCUACGGACGGCCCAUCGACCCUUUCAAAGAUAUCCUGGUCACAGUCGGAGGUUACGGUUCCUUAUUCAGCACCAUGCAAGCGCUGGUGGAGGAGGGAGACGAGGUCAUCAUAAUAGAACCUUUCUUCGAUUGCUACGUACCUAUGGUACGAAUGGCAGGAGCCAAGCCUGUGCUGAUACCGCUACGCCUUAAGCCUGGAAAGAAGACAAUCACAAGUGCUGACUGGUUUCUUGAUCCAGAGGAGCUUUCCAGUAAAUUCAACUCCAAGACAAAGGCCAUCAUCAUCAACACACCAAACAAUCCUAUAGGAAAGAUUUUUAGCAGAGAUGAGCUGCAGAUGAUCGCUGACCUGUGUAUAAAACACGACACUCUGUGCUUCAGCGACGAGGUGUAUGAGUGGCUCAUCUACAGGGGAAACCAGCAUAUCAAAAUUGCCACUCUGCCUGGAAUGUGGGACCGAACGAUCACCAUCGGCAGUGCAGGGAAAACGUUCAGUGUUACUGGAUGGAAGCUUGGUUGGUCCAUCGGGCCCGAGCACUUGAUGAAGCACCUACAAACCGUGAUGCAGAAUACUCUCUAUACCUGUGCAACACCUUUACAGGAAGCUGUGGCACAAGGUUUGAACCUGAACUAUGACCUGAUGGGUCAGCCUGAGUGCUACUUCACCUCACUGGCAGAAGAACUGCAAGGGAAGAGGGACCGCAUGGCCACCAUCAUGCAGGAGGCUGGCAUGACACCUGUUAUCCCAGAGGGAGGCUACUUCAUGCUGGUGGACGUCACGUCUCUCAAUCAGGAUCUGUCACAUAUGGGCGAUGAUGAAGCCUAUGACUACAAGUUUGUGAAAUGGAUGAUCAAAGAAAAGAAACUGGCAGCCAUUCCAGUCACAGCGUUUGUUGGAGAUGAGUCCAAGAAGGACUUUGAGAAAUAUAUUCGUUUUUGCUUCAUCAAGCAAGACGAAACCAUCGAAGCAGCAGGAAACAUCCUGAAAAACUGGACUAAGGGUUAAAGUGCUGCUGUGUCAGGAGGAGGAGGAGGGGGAGGAGGAGGAGGAGGAGGAGGAGGAGGAGGAAGAACUGCGAUUUGACUCACAAACUGGAAUUUGGUGAAAUGUUUGUGUUAUUAUGUAUGCCAACACUUUGAAGUGUAUCAUUUUAGAACGUAGCGCUCACACAUACAUGGAAGUCAUCCUUGUCUGACAGCCUGGUGCUUUCAUGAUAAUGUCAUCUGCCACUCACACAUUUCCCACUCAGGACACACACACACACACACGUGUGACUGUUUUCUGUGUUUCCAUCAUGGUACGGUUCAGUUUGGAAUGGUAAGUCAGGCCUGGGUCAGGCUUGUGUUUCAACAGAACAAUGGAGGAACAACCAGACUCUCUUUUUUUCUGUGGCUUUUUGUCUUAAUUAGGCCAGUGUUUUUCAACCAGUGAGAUAUUGUCAGGUGUGCCGUGGGAAAUGAUCCAAUUUCACCUAAUUGGUCUAAAAAACGAGUGUCUGUGCCGUCUAGUGACUGGCAGAGUUAAUCAUUUAAUACUUUUCCAUCUCAGUAGGUGGCAGCAGGUAGCUAAUUGCCUUGUACUUUGAGACUAGAGAAUUAGUGAUGCAUGGAUGCGACAGUUGGCGGUGACAGUGAUGGAGAAGUUUUGGAAAAGGAAAAAUGCUAACGCCGAACUGGACCCUGGACCAAAUUCGGACCCAUAUGAAAGCCCUAAUAUGAGUGGAGGUCAAAAGAAAGCAAAGACGGUGAGCUCGAGCAAAGUCUCGAGGCAAUACAGCGAAAGCUAUCUUUCAUUUGGAUUUACUUUAAAAGCUAUCCAACAGUGCUCUGGUCCCAAGUAAGCUUAACGCCAUCUCCAAAUGAAAACAGAGAAAACUUGAAUUGAUUCCUAAGACACUUUGACGAGGAUUAUUGUUGGGCUACAGAGUUUCACUUUCUAACAUUUUCGGCUGGUGGUGUGACUCGUGAUUUUUUCAAUGAAAAAAGAACCUUGGCUCAAAAAAGGUUGAAAAACACUGAAUUAGGGCCGUCAAUAAUGUUUUUUCAAAUCGGAACAUGUACGUGAUGUGACUUCAACUUUGACUUAAACUCGUCAAUUCACCAUCACUACAUUACACUAUUAUUGAUAUUUUCUUAGUUUUUUUUACUGUUACUAUCCCACAUCAUGUGAAGAUGAAAGGCAAACUACAUGGACCUUUAUACCGUGUUCAUAUUUAGUUUCUCUUAAUUUGUUUGUUGUGUGUAGAAAGUGUGGUUUCUCAAAAUCGGUGCAGUUAAUAAAUAAACUGAGUCCGUUUGUC